AUGAAGGCCCAAGUCUUCCUUCAACUACUCAGCCUCGCUGCUGCUGCAGCAGUGCCUGCUCGCCCGGAGGAAGGUGAAGAGACCUUCCUCGUCCAGCUCGAAACAGAGCAGAAAUGGGUGACGCAGGAGGAGAAGCGCAACCUUCGCCUCGAGGGCACAGGGUUCAUUGACAAGACAUACUCUUCGAACCUUGGCGCCUCCAGCCUUGCAGCCGCAGCCAAGACGUACACAUACCCAAGCUCGGCAUCACACAGUGCAGCCAUCAAGCCGCUCUUUAGCUCCCUAUCGACCGAUCUCCUGAAGUCUCGCCUGACGACCUUCUCCGGGUUCCAAAACCGCUACUACAAGGGCGGAUACGGUGCUCAGUCCUCGGCCUGGCUUCUCGACCUCGUGAACACCACCCUCGUCGAGGCAGGUGUGACAUCGAGCCUUGGUGCCACCGUCGAGGCGUUCCCGCACCCGAAAUGGAACCAGGACUCCAUCAUCGCCAAGAUCCCUGGUAAAACUGCAUCGACCAUCGUUAUCGGUGCCCACCAGGACAGCGUCAACUGGAAGGCCUCCAACCAGCAGACGUCCCGUGCCCCUGGGGCGGACGACAACGGCUCGGGUUCCAUGACAAUCCUGGAGUCGCUGCGUGUCUACUUGACCUCCCCGGAGGUCCUGGCUGGCGAGGCUGUCAACACAGUCGAGUUCCACUGGUAUUCCGCCGAGGAGGCGGGCUUGUUGGGCUCGCAGGCUGUGUUCGAAUCUUACGCUGCCGAAGGCCGUGAUGUGGCUGCCAUGCUGGAGCAGGAUAUGACUGGAUAUUCGGCUGGCAUGCAGACGGAGACCCUUGGGGUAGUGACAGACUAUGUGAACAAGGACUUGACCGAGUUCAUCAAGAUGGUUGUUCAGUCUUACUGUGACAUACCAUACACAGAGACAAAAUGUGGUUAUGCUUGCUCCGACUUUGCAUCCGCUACUGAGGCCGGGUACCAGUCUGCGUUUGUCAUCGAGGCACCGUUCGAGAAGACUUCGCCGUACAUACACACGAGUGAUGACACACUAGCGACUGUGAAUUAUGCUCACAUGGUGCAGCAUGGCAAGAUGACUCUAGGUUUUGUAUAUGAACUUGCUUUUACAGAGUUCUAA